AUGCUUCUACUGCACAUACUCAUGCUCCUCCUGCCCCUCGUGGCAGGGGACUCGGAUAUCGACUACCUUGAACCCAACCCUAGACUUCUUGACGGCCUCGAAUUCUCCCUUGUCUUCCCGCGCAACGAGACCUACGCGCCGACGCAGUACUUUCCAAUUGUUAUAGCCGUACGAAAUCCGAUCGAUGUUUGGCCGCUGGGUUUGCAUUUGAAGACGGUCAUAUGGCCUCACGACGAAGAAGUACCACCGAUCGAUAGCGAGUACACUUUUCCGCUCGAGGGUUACACUUCUGGCUCAUCGCCUACAUCGUCUCCUUACUUCUUCGCUAUAAAUGGUACAAACCUCACCAACGGCACAACCGGUACAUUUACCCUCCUAUGGUACUUUAUACUGCAACAUACUUGUAGUGAGGGCGUGCCGCGGUCUGAUCCAGUAGAGAAGACAUGUAUGUCGGGCACCCUUCGUGUGAAGUUCACCACAGCUCAUGGCGCGCCACUUCCCGACAUUGAGGCGGCUGUUGAUCGCUGUUCGAAUAGCACCGCUUUUCUCAAGCCCUACGGUCUCCGGGAGUAUGGCAACUGUCCUUACGUGAACAGCUCUGGCACCCCACUACCACCGGUGGCAGACCCGUGUCUUGUGAAGCCAUUUGCAAAAGAGUUGGCAGCGAAUGUCUCAGCAGCCAUGUUGGAAUUGAUGGGGUGUCCUGAUGGGGAAUGGCAGACCAUUAAGCAACCCUGCCCACCUAAGGAAACAAAGAAGAGCGGAGGAUUACGGAGCACAACGGGUCUCGGGGUGGCGUGGAUCCUGCUGCUCGCGACAUUAAUAUGUGCGGUUCUAUAA